AUGAUGAACAAGUUCAGCGAUCUUCUGACGGGGCUCAACAUUUCUGUAGCGAUGCAAAGGGACAAGCGCUCUCUGGCUGACCGGCGGUCGGAGCAGGGCUUCUCUGCUGCCAACGUCGCCAAGCCGCUAGCCCUGGAAUUCAAACUAGGCGCGACUGUAACCAGCCAGGAGGCGCUCCUUGACAACUACGUGCGCGGUUUCCAGGCACUGCAGAACAUUGCGCAAUCAAUCCCCCAGCCAAAGCAGCCCCAGAGCUCAAUGGCAGCACUUAGCAAAGACCGAGUAGAGGACUUUGCACGGGCGGUCCCUAUAGAGAAGAAGUCUUCUGCUUCCACUGUCCGACCAGUCCCGACCCGGGGCGCCUGCAUGCUCUUUGGGGAAGCCUCCCCUACAGAGAGAAGGUCCUUUGCCAAUGAAGCCGCGGCUCCAAGCGAGAGCAAGCAGCGGAUAGUGCUUGUGCCUUCCGUUGUUGAGUUGGACAAGGCCCUCGAAUUGAGUCUCGAUCCGUCACCCAAGCUAAGCAUGCUUGCCGCGCGGCUGCGGGCCGAUGAGAUUGCGAUGCGAGAGGCUAAGCCGUUUGGGGUGGAGCUGGAGUUCAGGGACAGUCUGGGGUCUGAGUCGGAGUACACACGCGCAUUGAAGGACCAAUUUGCCUCUCCCCGUUGUGAGAACGAAGGAGGGAGGUCGGAGUGCGCUCAUCAGAACGCCCCUUACGAAGUCAGCCCCCCUCCACUUCUCUCCCUGCUAAGUGGUCCGCAAAACCAGGAGUUGCCAGAGGGGAUACGUAGAACUCUUUCAAAACGGCCCUCUCAGAGCUUAUUGACAGAGACGGAGGGGGACCUUGCGGGGCCUCGUGGUGCGUCCGCUCACAUCUCGGAAGAGCGCCCCUUGGAGAGCUCGGAGAAUAUGACGAGCAAGUGGUGCGGGACUCUGUUCACUUCGGCCUGGUCGAGCGGGUCCAAGCGGAAACGGGACGAGAGCGGGAUUGAUGGAACGGAGCUUUUGAAGCUCCUUGAGUGGAUGGAGCGGUCCACAGGUGCAGGCCGCAAGGGAGAGAGAGCGAUCACGAACCUUGACAGCAUUCUAGAGCACUUGGAGGAGAUGCUAGGGUUUCGGCGGCGCGGUGGCGAGCCCGUGGGAGGACGGGGUCCGGGCCAAGUUGCUAGUUUCGUCUCAGCUGGGGCAUCUGGACAAAGGGUGGUAGACAUGGGGAGAGACGAGCCUGUCCGCACAGUGCCGUUGGGCAGAGGCUGGGAGGAGGAGUGCAUUCGGGGAGUGCUCGAGCAGAUCAUCCGACAAGGUGCGGCCAAGAAGGGGAAGGCCGCUGUGGAAGUAGGCAACGUAGAGAGAUUCCACGGUGCGGAGCUGUACUUUUCUUGACCAGUUUGACCAGUACGGUCUAUUGUUCGAACUGACAGGGCUUGACAACGAAAUCAGGCAAGUGGUUGUUGGAUGAAGGGAACGAGCUCGAGUGGGUACGCCGAGAUGUUUCUAACGGAAAUUACUCAGCGAAUGUACCAUACGAAUGAUUACCUAAGAAAGUAUGGAAGGCUGGAUAAAAGGUCAAGAACGUUCCGGUUGUAAAUACUGAAGACACGAAUUAUGCCCCAAAAUCGAUAAGGGCAAACUAUCCAGCGCAAAUUGUCAACACUAAGUAGAAAUUGGGUCGAUCUCUCUGAGAAGCUAGAAAAGAGAAAAGCCUGACUAUGUUAGAAUCAGGCGGUCUCAGAUUGAAUCUACCCUUGUGUAGGUCUCAUUGGGACCGCAUUACAAGCUCAAACAGUCACGUUAUGCAAUGCAUACACCAAGAUGUCCAGCUCACGGG